AUGAAGCUGUGUAAGCAAAAUGCAACUCUUAUCCUCCUGCUGUUGUGUAUCACAAAUAUUGUUCGGGAAUCGAACGCAAUGCCCCCGUGGCUAAAGAACAGUGGUGUAUUCACUGAAUCGGCAGAGUGUCAUACAGAUGAUGAACUCUUGGAUCUUUGUCAACGAUGCGCUAAGCUGACGAAGUCGCGCCAAGCUUACCCAGCUUGCUGUUCUACAGACCUUCAAGCCAGGAAUUGGUGUUCAGAUUACGUGUACUUCGGUAGAGGAACUUAUGAUUUCUACUUAAUUUGA